UUUUGUCUUUUCUGUAAUCUGGUAUGAAUUACCUUAUUCUUUUUGGGUUAACUUCAUCUCUUUUUCUAUCUUGAAUUAUUAAUGACAACCUUUACUUCUGUUUGUUUACGAAGUUUUAGGACUUUGCCAAAUCUUCAGACUUUGCUUACAGGGAGAAAAAGAUAGUAAAUUUUGCAUUUUAUAUUGAAUAUUCUAAUAUUAUAAUGAAAUCAUCUUGAUUUGCUCUUUUGAUCACUGUGUUAUAUAUGUAUGUUUAUAAGGUAAAUGGUAUUGACAGAUUCUUAUCUACCCCGUGUUCGUCUCGAAUGAGUCCUAAGCAUCAACCACCAAAGACUCGAGCUAGAACGAAAAGGAGAGAAACUGGUGAGGGCUGCUUUGUUUCAUUUCAGAUGGGGUCAUCAUUUCUUUUGCUCUCUUAUUUUCAGUUUCCAGGUGCACUUUCCGUUCCCCCAUUAGUAAAAGAACAUCUUCUUCUUUAGAUCACCACCAACACCUCUAGUAGCUGUCGCCAACAACAGUUGGAUAUGGCAAGUGAUGCCUCAAGAACAGGAACAUCACAGGAUCAAUCUGCUUCCAAACCACCCCAUGAAAAGGUUUCAAUCAUGUCAAGCGGUGAUGACAAAUCAACCACUAGAAGACACCAUGUGGAUGAACCUCUCAUGCUCAAAGCAAUGCAACAACAAUUUCAAAGGCUGGAUAUCAUGUUUGGUGAGAUUAGAGACAAAAUGGAGAAGCAAGAUGCAGCUAUAGCCAAUUUAUACCAAAUACAGGGAAGUUCCGAAUUUGCGUAGGAAGGACGCUAAUAAUGAUCUCAAUGACAAUUAUGAAGGUGCAUUCAACGAUGAUGCCCAUCAUAUCUUCUAAUUCCACAUAAUGCUGCAGCUCUACCACAUUAGCUAUCAUGAUUUAAACCAUGCAGAAACCGUGCCAUAGUUGCUUCUCUAUCCUCUUCCACAUUCGUUCUAACCAUUGCGAUUUCCAUCUCUUUGUGAUAAUCCUCAACGCUUUUGGACCCUUGAGUAAGGCCCUGCAAUCAUUGAUAAAGAUCACGGUAGUAGUGACUAGGAACAAAUCGUUUUCUCAUCACAGCUUUCAUCUCUUCUCAAGUGUCAACAAGAUGCUCUCGAUUUCUACAUCGACUAAGGACAAGCUGAUACCACCACACCACAGCGUAAUCAGUAAAUUCCACCACUGCUAGUUUCACCUUGUUUUCCUCAUGUUUUCCUCAGAAUAGUUAUGGCAAUCAAACACCAAUUCCACCUUAUUUUCCCACUCCAAAUACACAUCUGGAUCAUUUUUGCCUUAAAAUGGAGGAAUCUUCAUCUUGAUGCUACCUAAGUCACGAUCAGCAAAAUUUGAUGAGGUGGGGAGAUCGGCAAGAUCGUGACAGUACAUGUGGGGUUAUCUUGAUUCCCAUCACUAUACCCAUACCCUUCAAUUAGCUUAAACUAAACCUAAACUUGGCUGCUGUUGUAUAUCCUUUUUCUAUAUGCUGCCAUAACUUACUAACUCUGAAAUUGGAACCAACUUUUUUCCCUAAAUAUUUGGUGUUGCUUUCCUUUUUGAUUUCUUUGUGGACUCUAUCUUUUUGUCUAAUGAUGGGAACUAUAAAAUUAGAAGGUGGACGACAAGAAAAAGAGACUGAAAGAGAUCAAAGAAGAGAUGGAACUUUCUGCAAAAUGCAAGUGAAGGCAAAAUUGGAACAUUGGAUUAUUAUUUCCUUUUAACCCUUUUUUUUACUCAUCUACAUUACUAAACCCUUUUUUUUCCUGUUGAUUGUUUGAUGUAUGUGUUUCUCUUGAAUGAUUUCUCGUUUAUCUAUCUAGUAAAACAUGAGAAUAUACUGGAAUUACAUGGUGAAGAACAUAUAUACCCUUCAAGUCAGAUCAUGUACCCUUCAAACAUACUUCUCUUUACUCUAUGUACAUUUUUUUUUCUUUCAUUUUCUCUUUGAAUUCCCUCUUUAAUCUCUUUUUAUUGCUAUCCAUUUUCAUUUUUUUCCUAUUUCUUCGUUUAUUGCCCUAGAUUCUUCUGAAUCAUAUUCAAUUUUCUAAAAAGGGGGAGAAUUUAUAUGAUGGGGAGGUUAUGAGUCAA